AUGGACAGUGCACCAGUUCAUGGGAAUAUCGUUUCCCUUCUCCAGACAUAUCUGGACACUUUCUUCCGCUUGGAGAUCCGAGAAACUCGUCUCUCUGCUCGUAUCGGCUAUGGCGCUGUUGGUACAGCCGAGUUCACGUACGAGAUUCGCCUUGCCCGACCGACCCCUGACCGGCAAUGGUGCGAGGGGGGUCUCCAAGCUGGUUGCAAACCCAUGCCAGGGAAUAUGACGAAGCUGAUAGCGUUGGUUACUUGGCUGGAGGGAGCACAACCGCGGAGAACCGGCACCGUCGUUUCCCAAGCUGCUUCGAUGAACUUGGCGUCCCAGGCUUUGGGUAAUGGUUGGGGUUCUCUCGCUCCAGACUGCUACGGGUACGCGCAGAUGGGAAGGUAUGGCAUUGUGUUGCAGCAAGCCAUGCCUGGCCGCCGGGUUUCAUCUGUAUUCCACCGGAUGGGCAAUCGCCAAGUUGAUGUCCUAUUUCAUGACAUUGCUAGAGUCCUCCAAAGGCUCCAGUCAUGGCGUCUCCCGGACUCCGUUACGGGGUGGGGCUCUGUGACGUUUACAGACACGGCGCAGAUCCGUAGCUCGGCCGCCCCCAUCGGGCCUCGACAGCCGUGUGCCUCCCUCGAGGAUUGGUUGACCUGUUCGGCUCUCCAUAGGCUCCAGCUUGCCGAUGAGAGUCGAAUCAUCGAGGGUUGGGAACUGCAUGGUUUGAGGGACCGUAUCCUCAAUUAUGUGCGCCAUGGCAUUCCUCGUCUCGUGCAGGCGCUUGAGAACCCUGGUCAUAGGGUUUUAACCCACGGCAGUCUUUCCUGCGAUAAUCUUCUUUGCGACGAGAGAACUGGGCAACUGACUGGGGUUCUCGGCACCAAUCGAGCCAUUGUAACGCAUCCCUUCCAAGAAUUCCUGUCCUCCUUCUUUGUCGGAUCCGAGCUUUCCAUCCUGCCGUACGAUUCAGGUCCAUUAGAUCUGGAGCAUGAGUCCUUGCGGUUCUAUGACGAUCUUUUCCGCAGGGCGUUGGAAUUCCACGCCGUCCUGAUCCCACGUGCUAUUCGUGGCUUCAGGGACGCUUUUGCCCACCAAUUGCUGACGCUUUCCAUCCUUCCUAGCCACCUCACGCAAAGGUGCGAGUUUCUUGAUCUUGUACCCGAGUACAGACGCGACGGUGAAAGGGACGAGUCCGCAGCCCUGUUGAACCAAAAUUUGUCAGAAUUGGGUUUUUAA